AAUGAGACCUGGCCCUCUGCCGGCAACCGCAGAGUUUGACAUCUGCUGUCAAACAUAACAGAAGAGGCGCGAAUAUACUCCGGCGCUCCGGCGCUUUCAUGACUCCCGGGCGCCACAAGUCUAUUCGAACUUUCCUCCGUCAACAUCUCAUCAGUAUCGGAGAAAAAAGCAAUGCGUGUCUGCAAACUCGUUUAAGUGCCGGGGGCCACGCGUCCUGGUCUUUCGUGUUGCUCUUUCUCUCUCUCUUCUGCCUUGUUGUUCUCCUGUACACGUCGGAACGAUGGUCUCUGUCAAGCUUUUCUCGCUCCUUGCUCUCCUCGCCAGUAUCGCGCUCCUCAACGCUAGAGUCCUCACCAAUGGUGAGCGGCUCGCUCGCGGGAUUGCCCCAGCCAAACCAAAGAGGCUCUAUGAGCCCACCAGGGUACAUCUCUCAAAACGUUCUGCUACCGCAGGCCAGACAUACGUCUCCUCGGUCGGGAUAAGCACUGUACCGAUCCCCCUGCGCAAACGCUCCACCCCCGUCUCCCCAGAAGAACUCCGCCGCACCGCCCAAGAGCUCCGGAAGAAAGCGACCAUCACCAAGCGUGACGGCGCGCCGUUCAACUUGUACAUCGCUGGCGAGAGUGGGAGCCCACUGUACACACCUCCGGUGCAAACGACGACGAGCGCGGUGGAUGCAGUUCAGCUGUCUUACGUGUUCGGGGGGGAGACGACUAUGUCCAUGAGCUCCACCCCGAAUACGUACUAUAUCAGCACAUGCUGCCCGGGCCAGACUGGCUGCUUCCUCGAUCCACAACGUAACUACGCCGUGGUGCUGCACUGGACCUACGUGGCCUCCCCGAACGGGUUCUACCCCGGCUCAGUCAACCCUCCGGGCCAGAGCGAGGAGUACUGCAGCGACCUUGAGUCUACUAUCUUCUCGGUAGACGCAACCACGGGCGAGAUCACGAUCCAGUACCUCAACCCUACAUCAUCGUCGUUCUACCCACCCGGAUACUCUCCCCUGCCAGAACAAGCACCAGAGACGUAUGUCGUCCUCUACGGAUCGGAAUUUUACCUCACUGCGAAUUAUAUGCUCACUGCUGAGGUGCUUGGUGGAGGGAGCUUGGCUACGCUGUAUGUCAACCCGAUCCAGUGAGCAGCUGCACGACGAAUACGAAAAAUGACCCACUCUUUUGCCGAUUUACACCCCACACUCCAACCCGGAACUACACUCUUUAUUUAGCUUAACUCGAGUAAUAAGCUCUUCGGACUCUCCAAUACAC